GAACACUAUAGACCAAUCACUUUAGUUGAGCUUUGGACAAUUUUAACCCUUUAUUUGACUUUUUUACUCCAAUGUUUGGGCCUCCUUUCCUUUUGUUUUUCCAAUUUACGAACUUCUUUUCAAGAGGGGAAUACUCUAAUGAUAUUCUCUUCAUUUCUCAUCUUUACUUAAAUCAAUUGUUACAUAGAAUAGUAGAAUACUAAAGUUAAACUAGGGGGAAUUCGUCACCACGGUUUUGUAGGUUUUGGUUUUACCGGUUUCAGUUUUCGAAAAUGUGAAACCGCAUAUCGAACCGCACUACUUGAUUUGGUUAUGGUCCGGUUAAUUUUGGACGGUUUGUGUUGGUUUCGGUUGAUUCUAGCAUGUUUUUAUCAGUUUUUGUCGGUCGAUUUCGGUUCGGUCAGUUUUAUAACCGAAAAGAUGAAACCCUAAACUGAAUCACAAAUGACUAAUCGAUUUUAGUCGAUUUUGAUUGAGUCAGUUUAAAUUUCUAUCGGUUCGAUUUUGGCGGGUUUCAGUUCUUAUGUGAUCAAAUGUGACCUUCCCAUAUAAUCCAAUGUUCUCGAGCAAUCACGGAAUCACCGCCGCUAAAGGUGUUUAUUUGACCUUAACGUGGUCGUAUAUCCUGACGAAAAUGGUGCGAAAAACCGAGCGCAGAAGACUAGAAAAUGGACCAGCAGCAGCGCGUCCUAGUUCCAUGGAUUUGAACUGUGGGGUUGGUUAAUUUUUACCAGCACGCUCUGUUCUUCGUUCAUCACCCAAAAUAACCUCUACCCCUCCUAAAAGUAAGUAGACAGAACUGUAAAUUUCCUUGUUUCAUAAAGAUUUACUCAUUACUAGUUUGGUUCCUCAUUGUUUUGACCCAUCCCUGCUUUUUACAAUGUUUUUGAAUCGGAGAGUUUUGAAAAGUGGGAAUCGUAAGCUCCAUACGGGAAAACGAUGUCUGGGUAGUGGACAAACUGUCUACGCAUGAUAUAGUUUUAUUCCCUUUGAUCCUAACCACAACAAACUUUUGAAAUAUUGGUCUAUAUGGUCUAGGUUGAAGUAUCUUAUCAACUAGAUUUAAUCGUAUAUUAGUCGGCUUAACCAAUGUGCAUUAUGAUUAAGCUGAAUGACACCAGUCUUGUCAUAAUUACUAAUUUGGAAUAUAUUACUCGUAUUAUUAUAGUUAUAUUUGUAGAUAUGUCUCUUUUUCUUGUUAUUCAAUAGUUAAACUUUGGAAUGAUUCAUUUGUGUUGAAAUUGGCCUGGUCUAUUCUAAUCUAGUCUAAAUUAGUCUCGACUGGUAUUUGUGUAUAAGUGGUCUAGUAUUAUUUACAUUUUAUUAUUAUCCAAGUCUUAUCUGAGCUGUUUGAAUCCGGUAUGGUUAAAGACUGAAGUGUUCCUCAAUCAUCAUAUUUUCAUGGUAUGAGACUAUGAGGUAGGUAAGAAAUGCAAAUACAAUGUCCUAUAAACUUUCUAAAAUGAUGGUAACUUUAAUAAAUUGAUAAUUUUGCAAGAUUUUCCGGUACUUUAAUAUAAUAUCUGCCAAUUAAUUUCAUCAAUGAAAAUGCUUGGACUGUUUUACUUGAAUUGAAACGAUGGUCCCAGUAACUUAAAGUAGAAUACACAACUGUGUGGUUGCUGGAAUAUCACAGGGGAAUACUUUUGUAAGGUUGGCUUCUUGUUUUGUCAGCUUGCCUUAUCAAAAGUGUUUUUUCCUAUUGAUAUAUGAUUAGCACCAAGUUUAGUAGGAUCCACAAGUCUAUGUUAGGCUAUUGAAUGUGGACAUAUGGUCAUGAGCUAUUGAGUAUUGAGAUGAUUUGUUAGCAUCUUUUUUCAAUUUCCACUUAUAGUUUUCUCCACUUGCAAUUGGAAUAUGCAUUUAUAAAGUUACUUAUGCUAUAUUUCAUCUCUACGUUUACUGGCUUUGUGAUUUUUUAUGAGCAUAGGCCUCCCGGAUAACUAAAAUGCAUAAUUGAGGAAUCACUGACUGGACUACUUUUUAGAACUGCUAGAAGCUGAUAUUUCAGCACAUGUUAUGAAAUGUGAAGGAUUUUUUUGGAUUGGUUUGAAACGGAGAUAUCUAAUGUCAAUUAUAGCAUUUCUUAAUCUGCAACAAAGUUACCUCAUCUAUUUUAAUAUACAUGGUAUAAGAAUCAUGACUUUUUUGGGGUAAAGCUCACCUACUUUUGAUCCCCACAAUAAAGGAGUAGUUGUAUAAUGCCUUGUGAGGACUGAGGCAUGGCUUAUGAGGUCACAUCGGGUGUGUGUCAAAACCACAAUGGUUGUUAUAGAAUGAAGGUGGUGGACCCGCGUUAAAUUCAUGCGGGUCCAUGUAAUGUAAUAAACCAAUGUGAGUUUGACACUGUGGUAUUGGCAUGUGUUAAAAUAUCGCAGUAUAUGAUCUCUUCAAGUUUAAAUAUCAGUAACUUCUAAUCCCCUACUUGUAGUUGGUCAAAUUGGUAAAAUUAACUUUGGUCCAUUUGGCAUAAUCCAAAAACAGUUUAUGAAGGGUCUUAAACAAUUGGAUCCCCUUUUCCUGGAUGGCAUCAAUUCUUCUUCUCUAUAUCUAACAGAUGGUCUGCUCUUUCUUUUUUGCAAUGUCUUAACAACCCCCAUAGAAUUAUAGCCUUAGCAAUAAAUUUGCACGAUAUAUUGUAUUUACUAAUUCUUGAUUUUGUUACUAAUUCCAUAGAAACAAGUGAUGGGAGAAGAAGCGUCAACAGAUGAUAAUAGCAGAAGCAGUUCCAGUUUCGCCCUCCAUUUCUUCAGAGGGAGAUGGUUCUCACUCUUUGCCUCAUUCCUGAUUAUGGCCGGGGCGGGAGCUACAUAUUUAUUUGGUGUGUAUUCUCAGGAGAUAAAGGCCUCUUUGGGUUAUGACCAAACCACCCUCAACCUCCUAGGCUUUUUCAAGGACGUUGGGGCAAACGUUGGAGUGCUCUCCGGCCUUCUUGCCGAGGUUUCCCCAACAUGGUUUGUUUUAUUAGUCGGUUCCGCCAUGAACUUUGCCGGCUACUUUGUUAUAUGGUUGGCAGUAUCAGGGAAGAUUCCAAAGCCGACUGUCUGGCAGAUGUGUUUGUACAUUUGCAUAGGAGCUAAUUCUCAGAACUUCGCCAACACUGGGGCUCUGGUUACUUCUGUAAGGAACUUUCCUGAGUCUCGUGGGGCUAUGAUAGGUCUCCUGAAAGGUUUCACCGGGCUAAGUGGGGCCAUCAUGACUCAGCUCUACCUGGCUGUUUACGGGAAUGACUCCAAAUCUCUCAUCCUACUUAUCGCCUGGCUUCCGGCUGCAUUGUCAGUGGUGUUCGUGUACACGAUUCGGGAGAUGAAGGUUGUUAGGGACAAGAGAGAGCUCACUAUGUUCUACCUAUGCCUGAUUUCAUCCAUCGUCUUAGCGUUGUUUAUAAUGGUCAUGACAAUCCUCCAAAAGGUGGUUUUGUUUUCAGGGGCAGCUUAUGAUGUCAGCGCCGCUGUUUCUUGCAUUUUGCUAUUUUCUCCUCUUGUGUUUUUUGGCAGACAUGAGUUAACCCUCUGGCGGAAGAGGAAAGUGGUACAAAAUGUUGUUACUCUGCAACCACAUUUGCUGCCGCCGCCACUGCAACUAAAACCAACACCAGCACCGGAGGGAAAUAAUGGUCCUAAAGUCUCUUGGCUGGCCAAUAUUUUCUUUCACAAACCAAAAAGAGGAGAAGAUUAUAGCAUCUUGCAGGCACUUCUGAGUACAGACAUGUUGAUCCUUUUUGUAGCCACGUUUUGUGGGAUGGGUUCAAGCCUCACGGCAGUUGACAACAUGGGGCAGAUCGGGCAGGCGCUCGGGUACCCGAACAAGACUAUAACAACCUUCGUGUCACUUGUCAGUAUAUGGAACUUUUUCGGAAGAAUCUUUGCGGGAUUCUUCUCAGAGACUCUUCUGAUCCGAUACAAAUUCCCGAGACCGCUUAUGAUGACACUUGUCCUCCUCUUAUCAUGCAUCGGCCUCCUCCUCGUCGCUUUCCCGGUCCCUGGAUCACUAUAUGUCGCGUCAGUCGUGAUCGGGUUCUCGUUCGGGUCCCAACUCCCUCUCCUCUUCACUAUCAUCUCUGAGCUCUUUGGGCUGAAAUACUAUUCCACGUUGUUCAACUGCGGGCAGUUGGCUAGCCCCGUUGGGACCUACAUACUGAACGUGAUGAUCACAGGUCGGUUGUAUGACAAGGAGGCGCUCAAGGAUUUGGCCAGGAAGGGGUUGGGUAGAGCGGAUGUGAAAGAGCUGAGUUGCAUCGGCCCACAUUGUUAUCGUCUGCCCUUCAUAAUUCUUGCCAGUGUCACUUUCUUUGGGGCAGUUUCUUCCUUAGUUUUGGUUGCCAGGACUCGGGAAUUUUACAAAGGUGAUAUAUACAAGAAGUUUAGAGAGCAGGCUGAGGAUGUAGAAUUGCCAGUGGUGAUAGUAGCAAACACUAAAUAAUUGUAAAAACAGAAAUCCGAAAAAGCAGUACUUUAUUAAGCAUCCAUUUUGACAACUUUAGUUCUUUGUUUUUGUAAUCAUCCAAAGCCAUAUGAAAUUAUGAAUAACAUACUUCGUUAAUUGUCUUUAAAGCCUAGCCUUUAAAUUUUAAGGCCUGGAACUUGAAUUUGAUCUGAUGGGUAAGCUCCCCCUUUGGAGAG